AUUGAUGUAAAAAAAUAAGUGAAGGAUGAAAUUUGCCACGAAAUUGCCUCCAUUGAAGUCAUCAAUCAACUUCCUCCGGCCCCGACUGAGCUGCCUGUGGUGCAGAGAAGGAAGCUCGAUUAGCAGUGAGAAGAAGCCAUGUCCAGCUCCAGUGGCAGCAGCUCUUUACCCUCAUUCCAAAGAUCUGCUUGGUGUGAGCUUCAAUGGUGUCCGUCUAAUUUACGAGGGUUCUGAUUCUGGGCCAGACAGCAAAAACAGAGCUGUAUUCUUAGACGAACUUGUCUGUUCCCGAGUUCUGAUCAUUGACCUCAUUCAAAGGGACAAUCUUGGACAGCGGGUCCUUGAUUACUUUGCUGGCGACCCCAACAUUCACUAUCUCUACUGUGACGUAACAUCCGAAGAAGAUGUUUCCCGAGCAGUCAAUCUCACGGUCGAAAGGUUCGGGACACUUGAUAUAAUGGUCAACAAUGCGGGGCUCUCAGGCCCACCUUGCCCUGAUAUCCGCCACUCGGACAUGCUUGAUUUCGAGAAGGUUUUCGAUGUGAAUGUGAAGGGAGUGUUCCUCGGGAUGAAGCAUGCCUCUCGGAUCAUGAUCCCACUGAAGAAGGGAUCGAUCGUUUCCCUCUGCAGCGUCUCGGGCACCACCGGGGGACUCGGACCCCAUGCCUAUACAGGAUCGAAGCACGCGGUCCUGGGGCUGACGAGGAGCGUUGCUGCGGAGUUGGGGAAGCACGGGAUCCGCGUGAACUGCGUUUCCCCCUAUGCUGUGCUUACGGAGCUGGCCCUGGCCCACCUGCCCGAGGAUGAGAGGACUGAAGACGCCAGGGCGGGCUUCCGCACCUUCACUAAAAGCCAUGCAAACCUCCAAGGGGUUGAGCUGAUGCCGGACGAUGUGGCGAAUGCUGUCCUGUUCUUGGCAAGCGAUGAGGCAAGGUACGUGAGCGGUGAUAAUCUUAUGGUCGAUGGAGGCUUCACCUGCACCAACCACAGUCUGAAAGUCUUUAGAUGAUGAUACUCGGCACUAAUUGAAGAUAUCUGAGCGAUCGAGGUCAGUUGUGGUUGCUGAUGAAAUCAGACCACAACUGUUGCCCGGCACACUUUAUAUGUACGUCUAAUGCAAUAAGCAAAGGUGGGAUCUAAGGGAACUACUAUAAAUCGUGCUUCUAAGACCAGACUAAUUCCUUGCGACUUUUGACAUUAUUAUUUCGGCACGAUUUUGAUCCGGUGAAGAACUUAAUUACGUCAGAUGCUGGCGGCUGAUCGAUCUUAUGAUGAACUAAUAAUAAUUACAAUGAUAAGUGCAAUUCCUCAAA